AUGGUAGAUAAGCAACCCCAACUAAACGGUGCAUAUUACGGCCCCACGAUUCCUCCGGCGGAGCAUUUGCUGGAAGAUUCUCCUUGCACUUAUAAUCUUCCUCGUCAUCGUAUUCAUCAUGUUCUACGUCGUGCUCAGCCACGCGCCUUUAAGCUGCACAUCUCCGACACCACACUCACGCAGUUCAAAUACACCUCCAGUGACAACACACUCCGUUACAACCUCAUCCUCAACUUCAUGGCAGGGAACCCCAACAAGAAGGUGAACUUCUCCUACGAGAGCAUGGAGAGCCACGUCUCGUACAACGGCGUCACGUUCGCGUCAAUGGAGUUGUUGACGUUGCGUGACUCAUUUAGGCAACACAGGCAGAGCACGAACCUCCUGAACGACGUUUACAGGGGGAAUUACGAGACGGUGUUGGAUCAGGAUCAGGUGAAGACCUUGGAAGAAGAUGAGAAAAAGAGGGUUUUUCAUUUCUCUAUGAGACUCCACUUUGUCGCUUACUUUGGUGGAGAACGCGAGCAAUGGUGGAGAACGUACGAGAGCAAAGACCACGACGAUGGAGGUGCGACGAACGUGGAGGUGGAGACACGACGAGGGAGGCAUGAGCAGUGGUAG